AUGGCUUGGAUCCUGGGCCUUACUUCAGGACCGCAUGAUUCUGGAGCAUGUCUGCUUCGUGAUGGCGCGCUGAUAUGCGCUGCCAACGAGGAGCGUUUCAGUCGUCGCAAGCAUGACGGAUGUUUCCCGAAGCGGUCGAUCGAAUACUGCUUGCAGUCGCAAAACAUUGCCCCAAAUGAUAUUAGCAUCGUCGCGCAUGGCUGGAAGUUCGAUGGACAAGACUUGACAAAGCGGCUUGCAGCGGAGCCGGUGGAGGUUCAAAAGCACAUGCGUUGGAUGGCUGCGAAAUUUCGGGACGUAGAUUUGAACGUGGAAGCGCGGCUCCGAUCAGGCUUGCAAGCCCUUGGAAUCCCUGAAGCACGCUUGCAGAUGUAUGAUCACCACAGCUGUCAUGCUGCCGCCGCUUUCUUUGCCUGGCCGGCGCGCCUGACAGCCAAUUGCUGUGAUUGCUGUUGUGUUACUUUGGAUGGGCGAGGAGACUAUGCAUCUGGCAAGAUUGUGAAUUUUUGCAAGAAACCAGCGGUCCUUGACGUGACUUCCAUGUUUGACAGCCUUGGUAUGCUCUGGGCCUUCGUGACUGCCUCCUUGGGUUUCAAAGCUUUCCGUCACGAGGGCAAGCUGACAGGCUUAGCUGCUCAUGGGGACGGCAGUCGUACGGCGCGUAUCUUCGAAACGGUCAUGGGGCUAGUGGAAGAUGGAGGUUUGUGGAGGAUCAGAGCCUUCUGGCAAGAAGAGGAGACGAAGAAUUUCAUGCUGUUUCUGGCCAGCUUGGAGGGCCCGUCAGCCGAAAGGCGAGAGGUUCGGACUUUCGCUCUCUACCAGGAGCUGCAGCAGCACCAGCCGAAGGAUGUCGCCGCGGGAUUGCAAAUCUUCACAGAGGAUCUUCUGCUGGAUUACAUGCGCUUGAACAACUUCGUCAAGCCCUACAUUUGCGUUGCUGGUGGUGUCUUCGCCAAUGUACGGCUGAACCUGCGGCUACGGCAGCGUUUCCAGGAUGUGACUCAGGUCUUCGUGUAUCCCAACAUGGGCGAUGCAGGGCUCUGUUUUGGAGCUGCAGCUUUGGCAGCUUCCGACGCAGGCCAGCAGGUUUCCUGCCCGAAAGGCAGUGUUUUCCUGGGACCCGACUUCUCCGCAGAGCUUGGGGACGUUCUGCGGCCUGUGUCCGUCUUCGGUGGGUCGGAGAUAAGUCAUUUGGAAGGAUUUGCAGAGGAGGUGGCGGCCUAUCUGGCAAGGGGAAAAGUCGUGGGUCUGUACGUGGGUGCCAUGGAGUUUGGCCCGAGAGCCCUUGGGAAUCGCUCUUUGCUGGCUUCUGCAACAGAUCCCGCUAUCAACUCAGACUUGAAUGCACGCUUGGGGCGGACGGAAUACAUGCCAUUUGCCCCAAUGACGUUGAGAAGUUUUGCUGGGCAGGCGUAUUCGGACUUUCCCGUCGAGGACUUGGAAGCCGGGCGACAUAUGACGAUGUGUUAUGAAGCCACACCGGAGUUGAAGAAAAUGUGCCCUGCAGUCGUGCAUGUGGACAACACAGUGAGGCCACAAGUCGUGGACGAACGUGACGGACUAGCGUAUCACGUGUUGGUGCACUACGAGGCAAAGACCGGCAUGCAUAGCCUCAUCAAUACUAGCUUUAACAUGCACGAGGAUCCGAUUGUCUGUACUCCGAAGGAUGCCAUGCACGCCUUCGAGAAGGGUGCAUGCGAUGUGCUGGCAGCUUUCCCUUUCUUGAUCUGGAUGACAAUGUCAGCUGGAGACGGGGCAUCAUCUGGGUACGUCGAAGAGCAAAAGGGGAAGCCCGAUGCAAAAUGA